AACUUACCCCGCUGCUCCACAGUGUCCAUGGUGACGAAUGCAAACCGGAGCUCAUCGGCGCUCUUUUCAAACCUCUUUACCGCGGAAACAAGUUAACUCCUGACCUGUUCAUCCAUUAAAAAUUCACAACUAACAAAACCUAAAGCCGCAAUGUACAUAUCUAAAGGUAGUUGAUGGAUUUAAAGAAGACAUUCAUUCCGGUAACGAUGAGGGAAGUUGACGUUAGUUAAGCUAACGUUAGCUAGCUAUCAGGAAAUCAGGCUCUUAACAAGCAAGGUAAGUGGACGCUAUCUGUGAGGUUUAAUAAGAGGUAGCUAACUGUCAUUUGAGACCAAAUGCUGCUGAAUUGUCUGCUAAUGUUUAGUUACACCCUUAGCAAACUUAACAAACCCGUGUAAUGCUAUCAUUAGUUCAUUAGCCUGAAAGCUAGCUACAGUACUGUCAUUAUCAGAUAGAGCCGAUUAUGUGUGCAGUCUGCAGAUGUAGCUUACACUUUGACUGGGACCCUCUUUCAAGCGACUCACCAAGUGUCAAACUAUCCUUCUAUUUUGUUUUAUAUCAUUGUAAGUAUUUGAUACACCUGCUGGUAACUUUUUAGUGCCAAAUCACAGCCAUGACCAGCAGCGCAGAGAGAAAGUUCGUCAAUCUGAGAAAGCGUCUGGACCAGCUGGGUUACAGACAGCCACUGGGGAUCGAGUCUCUACCGCUGGUGGAGAAACUGUUCAGGUGAGACCCCGAGUCCGCCUGCUGCACCUGCCUUUCCCCCUCAACUGUGACUCAUCAUAUGUAGUCCAGGAGCAGUAAUAGUUUAUGAUUUUGUUUGUUUUUUAGUUUUAGUCGUAAUUUAGUUGAUUCCCCCCCCCCACUUUUAGACCACAUUAACCAUGGUACUGAUCCAGAACCACUUUAGGGUAGAGUGAGGUAAGAUGAGCCAUUUUUCAUAUUUCGGAUCACUACAUCAAGGCAAUCACACUUUUGUCUCUAACUAGUGUAUCUGCAUAUAUUUCAAGAUGUUGUUCAUCCCUGCAAACCAACAGAAAGAGUGUAAACAUAACUGUCUUGAUAAUAUAGCAUGCAUUCAUCCUUUGGUCAACUUACCCGGUGUAUGGGAUAAGUUGACCAUAGGAGCGGGGUAAGUUGAGCCGUAUCCCUACUAUCCCUCACUCUCCACCCCAGCCCUACCUGACCGUCUCUCUCCCUAAAUAACAGUCACUUCUUCACAUUCUUUUGUAUUUUUAUCUAUCAUACACUAUUCAACUGGUACAAUAAUUCUUGUUAUUACUAUUGCAUAUACCUGCUAAAAAGCUGUUUAGUAAAAAAGUCAUUUUAAAGUGAGAAUGCCUUUAAGUGAUUCAGGAUAUUCACAGCUGUAGUUUUGAAAAUAAAAAGUAACACAUUUCAACAAUGUGAACUGAAACUCUGAUCCUCUCAUCAGACUUCUUUACUUUACUGGAUCAACUUACCCCAGAACUACUAUGAUGACUUUAUUAGUCCUCUAAGCUAAAAUGGUGGACUUUUAUGUGAGUUUUUUGAGCUCAUGUUAUAGCUCAUAGAUACCACAAUUAGUGUAUAAAACAAAUUUAAAAUGAUCUUUUUUGGUCUGAACACAAUUCUAAUAAAACUAAUGGCAGACUAAAUUCACUUUCAAGAGUGAAAAAUGUUUUUUAGAAAUAAAUGUCUAACCCCUUUAUCCAUGUGCUUCUAACCUUCACAGACUCUAUGAAUUGAUUCCCAUCUCCUAAAUAUUUGGUCACAUGAUCAAUUUCUUUUACCAUUUCCAAGCAACAGGGGUGGCUCAACUUACCCCACUUUCCCCUACUGUAUCUAGACUUGUAAGAACUGGACUGAAGGACCCCAGAGAGGCAACAGACUUGGGGGGGGAAAUAGUUUUGGAUUUGGCACGUCCAAUUAUAGGGAUUUUGAAUUAGUGGUUGAUCAGUAUGGGGUUUAACAGUGAUACUGAUGCUGAUAUGUACAAAGCAGGUUAACUGAUGGUGAGAGUGAUACCAAAACUAAAUGGCAUGUGGUCUCAAAAAUGUUAUACAAAGGAAAAAUACCAAGCAAAACUGAGAGUUUGAACCUUAUGGAUCAAACAUGUUAGAUAUAAACAAAGCAAAGCCCUCAUCUUUUCAAAAAUGUAAAUCAAUGUGAAGUGACAUCCGAUUUAGUAUAUAAAUAGUAUGACAAAAGUAUCUUAAAUUUUAGUUUUAACAUUAUUUAUAUUAGGUAUACAAUAAAGUUAGUAAUAAAUUAUGCUGACACACCUUUUUAUACAUAAUUUUCAUUGAAAUGUCAGUAAACUUAAGUUUAUCUUGAACUUUGAUUUGCCAAACCCUGCUGAUAUUCAGAGAUAUCUUUUUAAUACUAAACAUUUUUAAUCCAUUUUAUUCCCUCCUUACUGUGUUGAGAAUCUGUCUUUACUCUGUGUUACAGUGACCUGGUCCACACUACUGAAAGCCUGCGCAAUGCCAAACUGUCAGCGGGUAAAACUGAGAAAGAGAGCAGAAACUUAGACGCUCUUCUGGAGCCGUACAGGGCGGAAAAUGCUCGAGCUGUCAGAGAGAACAACGAACUGCACCUUGAGCUCCUAAAGCUGAGGGAAGAGAAGGACCAAGUCACUAGAGGUACAACCCACAUCACCCUCUUUCUCUGUGGAAAAACCUCAAGUAUUUCCCACAUCCUGGACAUUCAUGCCAGAACAGUCACAUGUCAAACAAAUGACAACAGGAAGAAAUCAGCUGACACCAUGGAAGCUUUUUCUAACAGAGAGAAAAAUAUCUGUAAAUAGAGAUUCUAUUAGGAUGUUUUUUUUUAUCAUUGAUGUAACAAUUCAUGAUGGUUGAGUUGAGUAACUUAAAUACCUCAGAUAUUUUGGUACUACACUGAGGUUCCCUUCUGGUGCCAUGUGUCUCAGGGAAUCAUCCUAAACAAGGACCUAAAAUAUGUUGUACUGUUACGCUUCAUGGACUCUCUCUACUGUCUAGAGGAGGUUAGCUGACUGUCUGAAAGCAUGGAUAGCUAGUGAUACAUACCUGCUCCAUCUCAUGCCAGUCUUUGUUACACUUGUUGCAUGCUGGCGAUGUAAUCCAGAUCUAAAGCUUGUAAAACUGAUCAUUCGUAUAGACCUUCCAUUUGUUUUUCAAGUUUAAACAUGGGUUUAAGUGUCAAGGGACUGGGAGAGAAAACACAUAUUUUUGCAUAAAUUCAAAUUCACACAUUCUUGUUCUUUUUUUAGAGCUUAAGACCCAAAUCCGAAAACUUGACCAUGAGACAUCUGACCUGAAGUUUUUGAAUAAUCAGUAUGUGCACAAAGUUCGCUGCUUGGAGAAAGACAGCAAAGUUAAAGCCGAGCGCAUCCAACAGUUGCAGGAGAAGAACAUGCAGGCUGUGGUGCAGACGCCAGGUAACACUCAGCAAGGUCUCCCCUAAGCUGUCAGAUUUUUUCUUUAGAAACAUUUCACUUCUUCAGAAAGAGAGAUCUGACCUUUCUAAGGAAUCAAAAGUAUUAUUAGAUCAUUUAAUCCCGCUCUCCUCUGACACAAUUCAACAGGUGGGAAGAAGCGCAGCAUCCCUUUCAGACGUCAGAGGAUGCAGAUUGAUGAGCUCGUGCCCUCCUCUUCCUCAUCCUAUCCUGUGUCUCAGCCCGAUGAUCCAUAUGUCGCUGACAUGCUGCAGCUGGCGGAUGAAAGGUUGGUAACAGCCGAUCUGCAGGCUUGUUUUAUGAGUUUCUUGCCGAAACUCCUUAACUGUUUCCGUCUUUAUUUGCAGAAUUCAUGAGCUUCAGGAGGACAUCAUAAAGCUCAAACUAGACCUAGAAAAUGCCCAAGAAUGCAUCAAACACUUAAAUACUCAGGUAAAGUGUGCAUUAACUUGAGGUUGUUCUUUAUUUACUUUGUUGGUAAAUAGAAAUGAAGUAAAUGUUGGUUUACUGUGUUUAAGGUGGAGGAGCGAGACAAAGAGAUCAACCGCCUGAAUCAUGCUCUUCAUGGAGGAAGACCUCAUGAUGUCAUUUCCCUUGAGGCUCAGAACACCAGCAACGAAAAACUGAUCUCUCAUCUUAACUUGCAGGUAAACAAAGCAAUCACAAAGGACAUCAACUAAAGAUUAUAGGUUUAGAUGGUAUGAUUUGGUCUUAGUAUAAUCAUGGUUUUACAAUUAUUAUACACUCACUGACUUCACAAGGUUGCAGAUAUGUAAUACCACUGAGAAAAAAAAAAUUCUACAUUUUUUUGUUGUGAAGUUAACUGCUAUUAGAGUGAAUAUUCACAAUGACUGAUUGGUUUUACUGUAUUCAGGUAACAGGAAGAGAUUUUCUGUAAGAAAAAUAAAAAUACAGGGCCUGGUCUACAAGGAGAUAUGAUGUACGACUUUAUCCACAGGGAGGUGCAAAAAUCACACCAUUCAGAAGUUCCUCGCAGGAGCUGUAAUCUAUUUUACCUAUCAUUUGCCCCAUUCAGGGGAAAGCAGUGCUAAACGGUUAAAACAUGUGGCCCCACACUAUCUUUCCGUCUUUUCACGCUUUGUUGCUCCUGUUUGUUUUACAGAUUGAAUAUCUGCAGGAGGCCAACAGGACUCUAGAGCAGAGAGUAGAGGGGCUUCAGCAGAAGAAGAAGGACGCCUCCUCUGAAGUGGCCAACCUGUCACUGAAAAACCUGGAACUAUGUGAGGAGCUGACGCACAUCGACGACCUCGCCAAGCGGCUGGAGAUGGACAAGGAGCGAGUGAUAGAGACAGCUGACAUGGAACUGCAAGAAGCCAAAGUAAGAACAAGAGACAGCAAGGGCGCAGGCACUUAAAGCAGGGUGGAGACGAAAAAUUAAAUUAUGAUCUGAUCACUCAUCUAUUAUCAAAUCUACACCAGCAGUUUGUUUGUGUCCCAGAGUUUGUCACGGUACAAUUAAGGUUCAAUUCAAGAGCAAACAAACAAUUCCCAUUACAUACAUGUACCUGAAACAGCAAAAAUAUGACUCAGAACUUUUAUUACUUACCCCUUACGUUUGUUAGAGAUAAGCAACAAGUGAUGUGACUUGUUAAAAUGAAAGACAAUUCAUGAGUUUUUCUUUUUUAGAAUUUUUAAGUCACUUGCAAAAGUAGAACAAAAAGAAAGAGGACACUUUUAGAUCAUGUGCUCACAUGAAUCAAAAUCAGGCUCUUUAGUCUGAUAUCACUGGCCUUCUUAGAUGCUUUGUCAACGCGUAACAAUCCUCCAUUCUUAUUUUAGAAAAAAAAGAUGUAUAAAGAGAUCCCCACAGUGUUCUGUAAAGACACAAAUAAAAGAUAUGUUUUCCCUUAAGAUAUAUCCAAAAAAAAUGGGGUCAUGUUGUAUUUAAGUUUUGAUAAUUGGUGGUUAAACGGCGCCAAGGGAUAGAAGAUGGAGAGACACAGCGACAAGAGCAAAAGAACAGAAAAGUAGGAGAAGUUCUUCAAGUACUGACUGAGGCAGAGUAAAGAUGCUUAAAGAUCAUGGUUAUCACUGCAGCAGAGACAUUAAACAACUGUCAAGAAACCACAAAGUAUGUCUAUCAAAAAUGACAGAUGAUAGGAGACCAAUGAGUGGUGCCUGUGUUCCUAGAUUAAACAGCCUCUGAACUUUAUUUGCUAUUAGGUUUGCACCUUUAAAAUUGUAUUUUUACCUCCAUGUCUGUGCGCUGUUUGUCAAUCAUGUGAGAUUUUUUUAGAGGUGUGCUGCAGGCCUGGUCGAAUCACCCUCAUGAGAGAGAUCUAGAUCUCAGUGGUCUCACAAAGGCCAUCUUGAAGUGUGUGAUUAAGUUUCUGAAAACCCACACUAAGGUUUGCUCAUCACCAGACCAGUCACCAGUCAGAUAGCCUCUACUAGCUGAUGUGUUUACUAUUAACGGUUUUUCUAGACUGAUACUGAGAGCGUUUAAUGAAUGCACAUGAUCUUGUUUUGUUCUGUUUAUCAUAGACUCAACUCUUUAAAAGACACUGAGACUUGAUUUUAUUGGUAAGAUGUCAAAAGUAGCUUACCUUAUUGUAUUUGUUGUAUCAGUAUUACCCACUGAAGUAGCUGUCUUCUUAAAAUCAUGAAAGUCCUCUUCAAAAACAACAGAGCCCAUCUAAGAGUGAAAGAAAGAGUGACUGAGGCUUUUUCUGUCAGGACCACCAGUCUGUGGAAGAACUUGCCUGGGGAGAUAUGGCUGCAGAAUCAAUUACAUCUUUUAAAUCACUUCUUCAAAGUAACCCAGCUUUAUGGACUCGUCUUCAUAUCAUGUCGUUCUCUUACUGCCUUUUAUUGCAUUCUUACUCUACUCCUGGUCUUUUGCUUUUAUCAACCUCAUUUCACCUCUCUUCCCCUUUUCCCCUGCAGUGCUCUGAUUUCCUGGCUGUUUAAUGGUUGAUUUUGCUUUUAUUGCACUUGCGUAUUUGAUUGCUUUUAUCUCUUUAUUCUGCAGUUGUUCAUUUAUUUUAAUGCCGUAACCUUGUUAUUGUGUUUUAUAUUGUUUUGAUAGACUUGCAGGCCUCAGUGUAUUUUAUUACUCUUACCUUUUUACUGCUUCUCUCUUUUACUAAAUCUUUCUUCUGCAUCUAUUAAUCCUUGUUUUGAUCUAACCCCACUCAGUUUCACUUUAUGCUGCUCUGUUCUUGUUUAGCUUAGAUUCUUGUGUGUUCUUCUUAUGUUGUUCGGUGGAUAUGUUGUUUGGUUCCUCUGCUGCAGGGUCCUUGUGGUGUUGUUCUGGUUGUGAUUCUGGUUUUGGUUUCUUAUGUUACUCUGUUAAAGUAGUUUUCUGGGUUAUUUCAUGUUUUGGGUUUUUAUGCUUAUGUGUCAAUGCACUUAUGGUAAACCCGUGUCUUUAAAUGUGCCACAUAAAUACAUAAAUUAUCAUUAUAAACAUGAUUAUCUUAGAAUCAGCAGGGUUUCUGCUGGGUCUUACAAAGUCUAGAAUCCAAUAAUUUAAAUUUAAGGCCCUAAAAUGUCUAAACUUCUCUUAAAACCUUAUAAAAUGUCUUAAAUACAAAUUUGAAAGCUCUUAAAAUGUAUAAAGAUUGAUUUGAAGUCAGUUUAAAAUGUUCUGAUUUCCCUUCAUGUCUUUUGUACUUUUUUGCCAGUAUGGAUGUAAAAUGGAUCUUAAAUUGUUUUCAUUAUGGUCUUUAAAAAGUCUGAAAAAGUCUUAAAUUUGACUUGUUGAAACCUGCAGAAACCCUGAAUCAGGGUUGUUGUACAGUUGAGGUCAAACAGUCUAAGUUGAUGUAUCUUACAGAGAACUGUAAGAAUGGAUCCUCUUAUUUGUAUGCAUAGUGUAAUUGGACUGAUCUGUUUUGAUGGUGGAUUUAUGGACUUUGUCAGGCGUCAUAUUGUGUGUCAUUCCAGUGGUUGUGAACCUUUUUCUUGUUUUAAUCUCUUGCCAACAGAAAGAAAUCCUGAGGCAGCAGAAAAUCAUUGAAGACUUGGAGGAUAUAAUCACAAAAACAAGAAGAGUAAGUACAAAAAACGACCUCUUUUUACCUCUCACUGGAAGCAUAUAAUUGAUAAUCUUAUGAAAACAUGAAUCAUUGUGUCCUGUGUUGUAUUAAAACAUAACUUGGUGUAAAAAAAAAAAACUGACUACAGGAGCAGUCUGAGGGCGACUUUGAAAAAGACCGUUUGAGAGACCAGCUGGUGGAGCUCAAAGGGCAGAAUGAGAAAAUGGAGGGACUUGUGAAUUUCCUGGAGGAAGAGAAAAUCCGGCUUCAGGACAAAAUGGAAAAAACAAUGGCAGCAGGUAGGAGGUAGUUUGGUUCUGUUUAAAUCUCUCUUUUUGUAGCAUCAUUAUAUUGUUGACAUGAAUUUAUCACCAACUUUUUAAAGACAAAGACCUGGUUCUGGAGUUAGAAGCCAUGCGAGCAAAAUACGGCGUCUGUGGAAGGGAGCACUCCCCGUCACGUCUGGAUGCAUUUGUCAAGAGUCUGGAGGAGGAGAGGAAUCACUACCGCCAGGAGGCUGAGCGCUACAAGAGAGCCAGAGGAGGUGGAGGCCUGGAUUCAAGUCCCAGUCGUAGUCCAGGCAGAGGCAGAAGUCCACGCUCCAAAGUGCAGAGGGUAAGAUAUGACUGAAGUCAAAAAAGGUGGUUUCUGGUUGUCUUCUUCACAAGUGUGAGUAUCUGACAGUCUUCAAUUUUCAGGGCGGUCCUGCAGAGUCAGAGCUGCUCCAUGUGUUGAAAGAGAGAGAUGAGCUGAAAGCUGCUCUGCUGGACUUUGAGAAGCACGCGGAGAACAUCCAGAGCAAUGUGAAGGCCCUCAGCACAGAGAGAGACCACUUUAAGUCACUUUUCAGACAGGUGAGUUAUCAACUCAGUCCUCCACCAGCUGUAAUCUUUUUUUUUUCUCCACUCUUAACUGAUAUUUUACUCUCUCAGGCUCAAGAUGAGCUAAAGCUGGCCCGUUCCUCAGAUUUUUCUGCUGAUCUCCUGAACCUAAAGGAGGUGAUCAAACAGGCAGAAAUCAAGAUUCAGCAGGUGACGUCAGAAAAAGACUCACUGGUGGAGAGGCUGAAGGUUAGUCUGAGUUUGCUUUUUAGGAUGUGCUGGAUUUCUCAUCACAAUUAUGGUCCAUAACAUAGAUUUAAAUCCUUAGUUACACUUUCAACCUGCAUUAUCAGGUUCAGAAUGUCUUUAUCGUACCACAGGGGAUAACAGAAUGUCAGUAACAGGGCAUUAUCAGAAGUGGUCGACCAGUUUUUCAAUUUUUCAAUUAGAGAGUGGGUUGACCAAUUGCUGAUAUAUAAUGUUGAUGUCAAAGAGCCAAAUCAAAAGGUGUAGAGCGCAACUUAUCCUGUAGAAAACUACGUGCCUUCCUCUGUCUUGCCACGCCUCACACCUCAGUGAAAGUUCCUGUAAAGCGCAACUGAGUCUGAGAGUGACACCUACUGGAUAAGUUGUGUUUUACACUGUUUUUAAUCCUGUUGUGGCUUCUGCAUACCAGUCCUUGAUUGUGAUGCCUGACAGACAUGACAAAUGAAACAUUUACAUACGGAAGAGCCGACCACAGAAUUCAAAGACAAUCACUAGUCACUGUUCUUCCAUUAAUCCAUGUGAUACAUAGCCUGUUAAUCUCCAGCUUCCUGUGGCAUACAAAGCCUUGUCACUAGAGGUGGGAGAAAAAAAAUCAAUACAGCAUAGUAUCACAGUAUUGUGUCUGGUGAUAUAUCGUAUCUUUUCAUUUACCAAGUAUCGAUUUUUCAAAUUAAUUGUUAAUAUGAAUUCAAAUCUAUGAUAAUGGAAAAAUAAAAUCAACUGGCAGAGGUGACAUCGUAGAGCAUGAAAAAGUUAAUACAACAAAUAUAUGUAUGUAAGGUUUGCAUGAUAUGCUCCGUUAAAAUGAAGAACAGAGUAGAAAAGACAAAUGCUGAAUUAGCUUAACAGUUGAAAAAAUUAUAUAAAUUGCACUAUAUUGUAUCGCAAUACUCACUGUAUCGCAAAAUGUUAAAAAUCGCAAUAAUAUCGGCCCAAGUAUCGCGAUAAUAUCGUAUCGUGGAGCCACUAGUGAUUCCCACCCCUACUAGUCACAGACCUCUCAAUGACAUUAGACUUGGUCUGGAAACAUGCUGAGUGCAUGCUUUUGCCCUUUUCUGUCUUAAAGAAUCUCCUUAACUUUUCCAAGAGGCCAGUUGCCUUGUGGGCUUUAGAUUUUCGAAAAUGAGUGGUAUGUUCAAAUGGCUUUAUUCACAUAUCCCAACAGAUUCAUAGGAAACAAAAAAUCUUAUCGCUGUUGAAGAUUGUAGAUGCUGUCACUUAGUGCAGGAAAAAAAAAACAUGAUUAUUUAGAAAGGAUGAUGGUGAUACUGGCCUUGUAAGCGCAGAUGCUGAUGUGUGCCGAUCAUUUCAAAAUGCCAUGACUUGGCCGACUAAUGAAUCAGUCUGUCUUUAAGUCUUUGAUUAACCAUAAAUAAAAUCAGAUUCAAAAAUCAGACAUAGGUUUAAUUGUUCGAAACUGUCAAUAACAACAUAAAAAUUGGUUAAGUAAGUAAAAAAAAAUAGAUCAAAAUCCACGCUUUCAGGAAAUGUACAUUUCAACAGUGGGGAAAAAAAGAGAUAUGGAGGUAUGUAAAUCUUCAGACACUCCGGAUAUUCUGAUAUUGAUUUGAUUUGUUAAUAUUUUUCUCAUUUUGUACAUUGUAAAUAACCUACAGUAAUUAUUUUAAGUGUUGCAUUUCAUCUGAUGGAAAAACGAUCUUUCACAACUUGGAUAACCCGUCAGUCAACUUUUUAAAGAAAAAGCAGCUGAACUUUCAACUAUCGACUGAUCAAAAAAAAGUCACCUGAUAACCUGAAUUAAAGCAAGUUUUCUGUAUUAUUGUGCAUUUUUAUGGUGUGAUGAAUUAAUUUCCAGAUCAGUUGAUUGUUUGUAGUUAUUAUUAAUAAAUUCUAAUUGAAGCGCUACUGAAACCUUAAAAAAAAGUCAGACUGACAUACUUUAACUAAUCUGAUAAAUGUCCCGCAGGUUUCUCAGACUUCAGCUCUCGUAGACAGACACGGGGAGGAGAGGAGGAUUCUGGACCUGGAAAAUGCCAUCAAGAGUGUAAGUCUGGCCAUGGUCAGAGAGCUUUUGCUGAACUGUAAUGUCAAAGCUUUUUAAACUCAAUAGUCUUCAGUGACAUGUUGCGUCUUUUCAUGUUGACAAAUGGAGUAAAUGGGAUUUUUAUGGCUGGUUAACUACCUUUCAGCAGUACCUUAUGCACACAUGGAGGGAUUAGGCAGCUGCAGGUAUUCUUGUAUUUUAACUUACACAUGCCUAAGGAGGGGAAUUCACCAUAAUGGCUCCACAAAGAUGGAAAACAAUGAAGUUUGUUUUGUGGGAUCACAACUAGCUCACACAUGAAAAAGAGAGAAUUCUUUGAGGAUAUCUUUAUUUGAUUUGGCAGGAUACAAAGUGUUUUUUUUCCCCCAUUCCUUCUCUCAGACAUCUGAAAACAUGAAUAAAUAAACCUGUGGAGGCAAAAACACUCUUCAAAAAGUCAGCUGACCAAUGACACCAAGUUUGUUUUUGAAAACCUUUCUGUUCAACCAAAGUUACCAUAGAGUUCAACUUCAUAGGCAGAUGUUUUUUUAUUAUUAUUAUUUAUUUAUCGAUUUAUUUUUUUGAAUGGGUUGGGAGGAGGAAGAGGAGGAGGAGGAGAGGUUUGGGAAGGAGAGGUGGGGUAGGAGAGGGAGGAGAGGUUUGGGAAUGAGCUUUAAAAACAGUUUAACUUUACUUCUUGAGAAGUUGCUAAAAUCAUAUAUUUACUAUUUGUUAUGAGAGAAAAGUGUAAAAGUGAACACAAGCAGAUCAAAAAUACUAAUAUAAUGAACACAAAGAGACUGGUGUCAGUCCAACAGGAGGACAUGAGUCUACGGGGGCCAUGCUUGUAUUUUGAUGAUCAUGAGUGUAUGAAAAUAGAUUCUGUAUCUCUUAAUGCAUUUGAUUGACACCAGAUUGGUAUUACUACUCAUAAACUCUUUCACAUUGGAUCUGUUCCUAUAAAGAUAAAGCUCGGGUCCAGGAUGAGCACCAUUCAAACAACGUAUUUUGAAUUAUCUGGUGUUUAAGCGCUCAUAUCCUCCUGAGACCCAGUAAUUCACUUUUGUGCACUGUAGUGCACAUUGAGUGUUUGCUUGCAUCUCUCACACAAUACAUGCCACUCUGUUAAGUCCUGAUGUUUUAAUAUGAUGUGACAUGUGUGGGGGUGUGGCCUUGGUAACUACUCUUUUCCUUCAUUUCAAAAUGGCUGGUAUCCCCCCUGAUAAAGUAUUUAAACAAAGAGCUGAAUUUCUCUUGUUAAGGACACAUUUAAACCUCCAUGGAUGUCCUCCUAGUUCUUGUUUCAUCUUUGGGUUUGUAAUGCGAUGUCUGUUACCUGCUUUCUGUGUGUUUUGGUGUGCAGUUGGAGCGUGAGAGGUCAGAUCUGCAGUCCCACGUGUGUCUGCUGAAGGAGAACAAGGAGGCCGCAGAGGAGGAACUGAAGGUUCAGUCUGCUGCUCUGAUCCAGAGCUCCGAGGAGGUCACACAGCAGAGGGCAGAGACUAACGCUCUGAGGUAUGAGCUAAAAAGGAUGUCAUUUAAUGUGCUGAAGAUUUCCCUCCAUAUUAAACAUGUAUUAAGUGCAUUUUGGAUCCUGUGAGGUCAAUACACAAUGCAUGGUACAGCUACAAAGUUCAGUAGUUGUCCUAUGAUAUGUUAUCCCUCAGCUGUUUCUCCUGACAUAUAUCCUUUCUGUUGACGAAGUGCGUAUGAUCAGCUGUUUGUCAGUAUGUCUGGAGGCUGAUGGAUUUCUACCUGUGUGUGUCUGUAGGCUGCUCCAGGAGCAGAUGGAGCAGUCACUGUCUGACAACCAACACAGGCUGUCAGUAAAGAUGAACGAGCUUCAUGCUGCUCAUGAGAAGAUCGACACACUGGAGAGGAGAAUAGGUUAAUAUUCACAGGACUGCUGUAUUUGAUGUAGAGUUGUUUUUCAGUAUUUUUUCUCUCUCUAGCUGCAUAUCUGUUUGUUUGAUUUUUGUUUGGUCUGACAGACGAGCUGAGUCAGCUUGGCUCAAGACACAAGGAGGAGGUGUUUGCUCUGCAGAAAUCCAUCUCUGCCCUGGAUAGAGAAAAAGAUGCUCUGCAGGAUGAGGUGGAUCAAAAGACUGAGAGACUGGUUGUGCUCCAGGAGGAGUUAUCGAAGAAGGUAACAGAACUAAAAAAUUAACAUUUGCCACACUUUUCACAUAAAGAAAAGGCACUUUUUAUUAAAUCAAAACUUAUACGCCCAAAAGGAUUUUGAAAAUGGAGUGCAGUAGGUCAGAAGAGUGGUUUGUCCAUGCAGACGUGUUGGUCACUUCCUAGUCUUUACGCACUUCUUGUCCUCAUGCACAGUCACCGUUUUCCACUCUACACAAGAAUUUCUCUUUACGAGAGUUUCAAUGUUAUAAAACUGAAAAUGGUAUUUUAUAUUAAUGGAAAUCAUUUCAGCUUAAUCCUUGUUAAUUUAUGGGUUUAUUUUCUUCAGUUCAGCGGAUAUUCAUGUUAAUUGACUACCUUUUCUCCAUAUUCUUGUAAAAUUAUGACUAUUUUUUAAUUAUGUUUUUACUUGAUUCUUGAACUCUGUUUUUUUCUCUGUAUGAUGUUUCACAGAAGGGCUUUGAGAGAUCAGAAGACCAGGGACAGACCUAUAUAAACACUCUUCUUACUUUAAACCUUUAAUGCUUGUGUUUCUCUGUCAUGGACUAAAUGUCAGAUGAGAUGAUUGACACCAUGCCAAAUGAAAUGGCCUUGUUAUCUAUUGUCUGCAGCAAGUAUUCACAAAGCCAGUGUUAUACCUGUCUGAAAAAGACAGCAGAGUGAUUUUUUUGAUUAGAGAAUCUAAUCUUAUCUAAUCUUUAGUAUGUGCAGAGCAAAAUCACCUAAGAGUAACCCUAAAUGCUGCUGUAUUACUGGAGCUAAUCUCAGUGCAGAUUUUACGACUGUGUUACUUGACAAGGACUGUGGGAUUUUCUCUAACACCUAUGAUCCUGACUGCUGGUAAAGGAUGACUCCAUGCCCAGUGUGAUCAAAAGAAAUGGUUUUAGUAACAAUUUCUUCUUUAACUUAAAGUCAAAGGAGUGUUGUAUUGUGGGUAAAUCAUAAAGAGCUCUAAUGUGGUUUAAUUCACAGGGGAAGACAGUUGAAGACGUAAGACUCACAGUCACAAACAUGGACACUGCUUUAGCGUGAGUACAGUGAUCGGAAACCUGCACACUGGUUUUCAGUAAAUCAAAAAAUGUCAGCAUAAACAAAGCUGGUCGGUUUUGGUUCAUGUGUGAUCUUUCAGCCAGCUGCAGGGGGCGUUAAACAGCCGUGAGAGGGAGAUAGGCAGCCUGAGGAGGCAGCUGGAGGCCAAUCAGGAGGAGCUAAGCGGACUCAGGAGGGACAAAGAAAUCACCAUCAGAGAGAACAGGAGGCUGCAGGACGACCUGGCUACAAUGACCAGAGAGAACCAGGUAAAGUGGGAUACAUCUGAGUGACGUUUUCCUCGUGGUCUGAGCAGAAGCCCAUAAUGUGAUCUCUGUUCAGGCUGUUCAUGUGGAGAUGGAGGAGGCUCUGCAUGAGAGGGAUGAACUGAAGCUGAGGAUCCACUCCUACAUCUCUGAAGUGUCCAGAAUAGAGAAACUGAUGGCCACAAAGGCAAGAGAAAGCUUUUCACUGAGUCAAAGCAGUACCAUCUGUUCUUGGCUGACUCUACGGUGUCAACCUACAGGAGCAGGAGAACAGGGACCUGCUGGAGCGUUUCAGGAUGGCUCACUCUGAGGUGGAGCAGCAGGAACAGAAGAUACAGCAAGCUGAAGGUCUGAAUAACUCCAUCCGGCUGGAGCUGCUCUCUUCAGAUACUGAGCGCAGACACCUCAGGGACACUGUGGGCCAACAGGAGAGAGAAAUCCAGCAGGUGAGACCACAGAAGAGGGGAGCAGCUAAUGCAUGAACAUUCAGGGACAUAGUUGUUAAGAGUGCUUCAGAUGUUAGGCUGUAAAUGUGAGAUUUACUUCAUUUGUCUUUAUCUCAGCGAGUGACGAAUGUUUCUUUGGUCCUAGCACACUCAGGCUCUGCAGGCGUACGAGGCCCAGGUAUCAUCUCUGGUUCGCGGGAUGUCCAAACUGGAGCAGGAGUUACACAAAGUACAAGGGGAGAGGACGUCCCUCCUCUCAGAUCUGGCCUCUGUGAGGGAACUCUGUGUCAAACUAGACUCCAGCAAAGAGCUCACCUCCCGUCAGCUCACCUCCAGGAGCAUGGAUCUGGAGCGGGUGAGGCAUGCGUCAUCUCUUACUUCCACUUAGUAGUUACAUCAGUCAUAGUUCACAUAUGUGGGUGAGCGCAGGCAGUUACCGCUCUCUGGAUAUGUUCUGAAGGUGACCGGAGAGCUCGAGGACGUUCGCUCAGAGGCCGAGCUGCUGAAAAAACAGCUGGCCAGUGAACGACUGACCGUCCGCAACCUGGAGACGCUUCUCUCCUCCAAUCGGCACAAAGAGUUCCAGACGCACCUGACCGCCAGCGAGAGAGAGUCAGAGCUGAAGGUCCUACGAGACAGACUGAGCCUAGCCGACAGCAAAACGUACACCAAAGAUUACAAUAAUCUGGUUUAAUAAAAGACUUUUUCCAUCCUUCAAGUCAAUCAGAAUCAAACCAGCAUGCUUUAUUUAUCCACAUGGGGGGUUUCAGUAAAAAUCUUAAAUCAUGUUUUAUUUUUUAUGUGUGUGUAAAUGUACUCAGUGUGGAGCACAGCAGGGAGGUGUCUCAGCUCCGAGGUAAAGUCUCUCAGCUGCAGACAGAGAUGGACGUCCUGAAAAGACAGCUGACAUCUGAACGCUUUGAACGGUGAGCUCGACAUCUGCCAGUCUUUACACUUAGAGAAACAUGAACUACAGAGCAGAACAGUUUAAAAGAAGGAACAAAAGCUGCAUGGAAACAAGAUUCAUCAUCAUAUUAUUUUCUCCUAAGUCUGGAACACUUUAAGAGUGUGAAGAGUGUGUUAGCAAUCUUUCAUGUAUGUUUGAUAUUUUACACAUUAUCCAAUCUAAUCCCUGAGAUUUAUGAGAUCAGUUCAAAUCAAAUUGAUGGUAAAUUGUUGCUCUGCCUUCAGACUGAACAUUGUUGACCGAGAAGGCAUACACAAAUAUUUUUGCAACAGGAUUAACGGACAUUUUCUGCAUCAAAACUGACUGAACUCAUCAGUGAUGUGAAAACUACAAAAGAGGAGUAGGGCCACAAGAAGAGAAAAAAAUAAUUACAGGAGGGAGAUUUUUUUUUAUUUCCAUUUUGAUUUAUUCACGACAUUUUGUAAUCUUGAAAUUUCGACUUGAAUCUUGUGAUUCCAAUUUUGAAUCCCAACAUUUCGACUUUAAUCUCCUUCCUGUAAUUAUUUUUUUCUCUUUUUGUGGCCCUUAUCCUCUUUUGUAGGAAACAGGGUUACCACAUCAAUGCGGAAAAUGAUAUUUUGUCUCUCCAUCCUCAGUGAGCGGGCGGUUCAAGAGAUGCGCAGACAGGGUCUGUCCUUCUCGUCUCUGCAGAGUUCGUUGCCUCUCAGCAGCUCCAUCAGUCCUCAUCACUCGUCCCCUGAACGCUCCAUCCUCCGGACCCUCAACAGGUCAUCAGACAAAUCAACAGACAGGUAAGACUGGACAGGAGGACUCUGACACCACUUUUUUAGGGCUUUUAGUUUGGUUUAUAUUUCAAAUUUAAGACUCAAGCUUUUUUUUCUACUAAAAAUGUGUCUAAGUUUUUGAAUUUGACCUUUAAAAUAAAGGUUCAGCUUGAUCUUUUUCAAAAACUUCCUCUUUCCUGUGUUAUAAAGUUCAAAUCCUUUUUCUUUCUCUCCUCAGGAGUGUGAGCUUUAAGGAUUAAAAUGGAGAAACUCAAAUGAAGGUGUUGAUCAGUUCAGUGAGUCAGAAACAUCCAGAAGCCUUUUCUACUUUUCACAAGUCUGGACAUGAACAGUGACGACGUCUUCACACUUCAGUGUUAAUAAACCUUUUGUCUGACUCUGAGCCACUCAACACAUCAGGAUGAAAUCUUGCCCGGAGCUUCACUAAAGCUUGAGUCAUGAAAACAUGUCAGCAGUCAUGUUUUCAGACUUCUUAUUAGUUAGGUCCACACUCUUUCAAUAUGUUACACAGCUACUGAUAAAAUAGGGGUCAGACAAAGCACUCCUGAUAUGAAUGUGGUUCUCAGCACUAACAGUAACCUCAAAAAUGUAGCAAAUGAAGUAUUCAUCCAGUCCUGUGGUUACAUCAAUUUUGAUGCUUUUUAUUCAUGUUUUGAAUAAUGUUUAAGUUAUUAAAUUAUUCACAAAAUAAAGCCAAAAAAUGGAAA